GACCGAAAGUGUUUCUUUAAUGUUGCUCACAGACGCUGAUUGUUUAUUUGAUGUUUAUGUGAGACGCCGUAACGAAGAGCAGCAGUCACACGAAACCAAAACCAAUAAACUGUAGAUUGUAACAAUUGACUCGUAAGUUGUGCGCACUUGCAUUAUAUUGAAUACUCUAUCAUCUCUCAAAAUAUUUGAGGUAUUUCAGCUACUUGAAUGUUGAAUCUGCAUGCUCUGUUUGGCAUUGGGUUCCUUGUGACAUCACAGGCAACCAGAGUCCUAACCCACAGGGGAACAUGUCCACUGGUCAGUGGGACGAAUAUUCAAAAUAAGGAGUGUUUCCUUCGACAAGCAUCCAACAUGGCCCAGUCCAUCAAAUACCUUGGACAGGAGGAGGCACAGCAUAUUGAUGAGGAGUUGUUCACUGAGUAUGGUUUCAGUGUAGACCAACUCAUGGAGCUGGCAGGGCUCAGCUGUGCCACAGCUAUUGCUAGGGCCUACCCAACCAGCUCUCUGGUCAGAGCCAGACCCUCACUGCUUGUAAUUUGUGGACCAGGUAACAAUGGAGGAGAUGGACUGGUCUGUGCCAGACAUCUGAAAUUCUUUGGCUAUGAACCCACAGUACUAUACCCAAAAAGGCCAAACAAACCGUUGUUCCAGGGCCUGACCACCCAGUGUGAGAAAAUUGACAUCCCUUUCUUGACUGAGAUGCCAGAGGCAGUGGUGAUCGAUGAGGCUUACCACCUGGUGAUCGAUGCCAUAUUUGGCUUCAGCUUCAAGGGUGCGGUGCGGGAGCCUUUUAGCUCCAUCCUGGAUGUGCUGAAGAAGAUCACUGUACCCAUAGCUAGUAUCGAUAUCCCUUCAGGUUGGGACGUGGAGCAGGGCAGCACAGAUGGACUCCAACCUGACAUGCUUAUUUCCCUGACUGCACCUAAGAAGUCAGCAACUCACUUCCAAGGACGCUACCAUUAUCUGGGGGGACGUUUUAUCCCUCCUGCCCUGGAGAGGAAGUACCAGCUAAACCUACCCCAGUACCCCAGUACUGACAGUGUGUAUCAGCUAUAGUAGUGCCAACCAGUGGUGAAAUGGUUCCAAAUUAUGUGGGUAAAACAAAGGUUGUGAGUGAAGUAACACAACACCACUAUAUACCAUGCGUUUACAUCCACCUCCAACUGUAUAGGAAAAGGGCUGUGCAAGCACACUUGGGGUUUGAGAAGUUAUUGAUGUCAGUUAAUCCAUUAUGACAGGAAAGGUUAUAUCUACAUUUGAAUCUUUUGCUGUUGCAUUUAAAAUCUUCUGGUGAAUUCCUAUGAACAGCUGUUAUUCAAAUGUCAAAAAUUAAAAGCUCAGUAU